AUGCCUGGUGCUGGUGGAACCACGCACAGGGACGCACACAGAAUGGGCUCUAAGUACCCAAGGUCUCUGCGGAGCUGCCUGCCCGUGUGGACCUUAAUGCUGGAGGUGGCUUUCAUUCUCAUCUUCUUCUUUUUCACCAGCUAUGACAUGACCGCAAAGAAUCACAAGACCGUGAGGACUGAACAAGCCCUCCUCCACGAUGUCACCGUCAUGGCAGCCCUUGGCCUGGGCUUCCUCACCUCAUCUUUGUGGAGAUACAGCUGGAGCAGCGUGGCCUUCAACUUCUUCAUGCUGGCCCUGGGGGUGCAGUGGGCAGUCCUGUUGGAUGGCUUUCUGGAGCAGCCCUUUUCGGGGAAAGUGGUCAUCAAACAGUCCAGGAUUCAGCAGGCCACCAUGAGUGCUAUGUCUGUGCUGAUCUCAGCGGGUGCCAUCCUGGGGAAGGCCAACCUACUGCAGCUCCUGGUGAUGGUGCUGAUAGAGGUGACAGCCUUUGGCGCCAUGAGGAUGAUGGGCAAGCAAUUCCUCUUUAUGGACGACCACUUAAGCAUGAUGCACAUCCAUGUGUUCGCGGCCUAUUUUGGGAUCACUGUGGCCUGGUGCUUCUCAAGACCUCUGCCCAAGGGAGCGGAGGAGAAAGAUCAGAGGGCAACAAGCCCCAGUUUGUUUGCCAUGCUGGGCACCCUCUUCUUGUGGAUGUUCUGGCCGAGUUUCAACUCCAUGCUGCUGACAACAGAAGCCGAAAGGAAGAAUGCUGUGCUCAACACCUACUAUGCUCUUGCAGUCAGCGCGGUAACGGCCAUCUCCCUGUCGGCCUUGGCUCACCCGCAAGGGAAGAUCAACAUGACUCAUAUCCACAAUGCAGUGCUGGCAGGAGGUGUGGCUGUGGGUGCCCCGAGUCAACUGAUUUCUUCCCCUUGGCUUGCCAUGGUGCUGGGCUUCAUGGCUGCGCUGAUCACCAUUGGGGGAGCCAAAUGCCUGCCGUUGUGUUUUGGCCGCAUGCUGAACAUCCAUGACACUAGCGGUGUGCUCUACACCUUUGGCUUGCCGGGUCUGCUUGGAGGGAUCACCAACAUCAUCCUGAUACUUGAUGCAAACUGGACCAAAACUUUCAUGUUCUACCAGGAGCUCAUCAGCACUGGGGCACUCAGCUUGUCUAUAGCCAUGGGUCUAGCAGCUGGUCUCCUGACAGGUUUACUCUUAAACCUCAAAAUAUGGAGAGCACCUCAUGUGGCUAAAUAUUUUGAUGACCAAGCUUUCUGGGAGUUUCCUCAUUUGGCUGUUGGAUUUUAAGCAAGAGCAUCCAAGAAAAACAAGGCCUGUUCCAAGAGAGCUUCCUUCCUCCAUUGCCCACAUUUUUUUG